AGUCAACCGAAAACGAAAUGGCGGCAAGCCGCUACCGUAUCCAGAAGUUAUGGCUAUGGCGAUCAAACCCAAACGACCGAAGCAGAAAGGGAGCACACUCUCCUAUGAAACUUCUCUCUGCUUCCAUUCCAAUGGCCUUUACUAUACCCCUCACUUCGUCUCUCUAUCCUCGCUCCGUUGCUGCGAAACCUUUGAGCAUCGGUUCCUUUGAUUUCGGACCGACGAAGAAGAUCCGAGGACUUAGGGUUUCGGUUUGCAGAGCUGCUGCUGCUUCGUCGGUAGUGUUUCGAGAUCUCGACGCCGAUGAUUUCAGGCAUCCGCUCGACAAACAGGUGGAUUCUUAUCGAUCUCUCGCUGAACACGCUGAUUAUGAGGGCGAUUCCAGGGUUAAACGAAGUUGUAAAGGCUCUAUUAGGAACUGUUGCAGAGCAGGUUAUGCUUCUGGAGAAUAUAGGAACAUCAGUUCUUGUUUCCAAAAAUCAGCUUUCUGAUCUUCAUCAAUUAAUGGUUGAGGCUGCAGAAAUUCUGAGUGUUGAGGCACCUGAUCUAUAUGUCCGUCAAAGUCCUGUACCAAAUGCAUAUACUUUAGCCAUCAGUGGUAAAAAGCCAUUUGUUGUUGUUCACACAAGCCUUGUGGAGCUUUUGACCCGAGAUGAGUUGCAGGCUGUUUUGGCUCACGAGUUGGGUCACCUGAAAUGUGACCAUGGUGUUUGGCUUACAUUUGCAAAUAUUCUCACUCUUGGGGCCUAUACUCUACCUGGGCUUGGUGGGUUGAUUGCCCAGCGUUUAGAGGAACAGCUAUUCCGUUGGCUACGAGCAGCAGAGCUCACCUGUGAUCGUGCAGCUCUUCUUGUUGCUCAAGAUCCUAAGGUGGUCAUCUCUGUUCUUAUGAAAUUAGCUGGGGGCUGCCCUUCUUUGGCUGAUCAAUUAAAUGUUGAUGCAUUUUUGGAGCAAGCGCGUUCAUAUGACAAAGCUUCUUCAAGCCCAGUAGGGUGGUAUAUAAGAAAUGCUCAAACAAGGCAACUUUCACAUCCUCUGCCUGUUCUACGUGCUCGUGAAAUUGAUGAAUGGUCAAGAAGUCAAGGUUACUUGUCACUUUUGAAACGUGCAACUCAGAUCAAUUCUGUACAGAAGGUUUAGCAGUGGCCUGGCAAUAGACAUCAGUAUCUAAAUUCUAAAACAGCUUCAACAGGUCACAACUGAAUGGUUUGUCAUUGAUCGAUCCAUACUCUUAUUUUGUGCCUCAAAUCAAGACUGUAAAGUGGGAUUUACUCAGGGAGCAUGGAAGAUCGAUUGUAUUCCUGUAAAUUCUUGGCUUCUUUGGAUAGCUAAUAAAAUAAACCUAAGAAUGUGGAAAUAAUUCUCAAACAUUUUUUUUUUUUUUGAGGGGUUGGAGGGAUAUAAUUCUUAUGCAAGUAUAGAAGAUUUUUUAUGGUCAUUUUGUGGCAGUUUCCCACGCAGCCUUCUCUCAUGUUUCUCAGUUUGUAUUCUCUGAUGUUUAUAAAAAAUAAAUAGCAAUAUAUAUAUAUAUAUAUAUAUAUAUAUUUUCAAGCA